AUGAGCCGUGGUUGUGUUCCAUGCACGAUCACUUGUCAGUUAGGCUUCCAGGGGGCAAGUUCUGGUGGAAUCUGCAUCUUCACUGCGCUGGCUGUCUCAGGUGGGCGUGGGGUCACCAGCAGCGAUGGCGAUACUGUGAUCCAUGUUAUUGAUGAUGUCAGACAGAUUCGUCGGGACUUCAUGUGCAAGCAUACGCUCCUUUUGGAGCAUAUGCGCUACUUUGAGUCCUGCUUGGCCGGAGUGUCUGCAGAAGACGAAGUGGAAAUAUCGGUGCAUUGUGACAUCAAGGUAUUCGAGUGGCUGGCAGAGUACAUGGAAGGCACCCGUCAGGUCAGCUCUCUGGAGCCCAAGGACAUCGUGUCGAUUCUCAUUUCUUCCGAUUUCCUGCAGAUGCAUAAGUUGGUGGAGGAGUGUCUCCAGGCGAUGCACGAUGCAAUCGCCGACAUUUUGCCGCUACCCCUCGACCUAGGCUGCGUCCCCGACCGCCUCGUGGGUGCUUUGGCGUCCCAUUUCCGGCCGGAGGAGCUGGCGGAACUCCAGGAUCCCAGAGAUCGUCUUCGCAGUCGGCUCUGGGCUCAUCUUCUUCAUGGCCUCCUCUCCCAGGGUGACAGCGUGAUCAACUGCUGUGCCCGAUGCCAGCGGAUCUUCACUGCGCGUGAACGCCUUUCCAAUGCCUGCCCAAAGACAGCAGGCUGCGGGGUCCAAGCUGGGUGCGAGCAGCUGCCGUUUGUCUUGCAGCACACAGCAGAUGUCGACUGGGACGUGGGCAGGUUCCUCUACCACCUGUGGAUACAGCUCGGACGGUCUUGGGCCGAUCUUUACUGGAAGGUCUGGGCACGGCUGCAGCACUUCCACUGCGCGACCUGCAAAAGCCAGUUCUGCGGCCUUGAGCUUGCUGACUGCCGGUACCAUCCACAUGAACCGGUCCUCAAUGAAGGAAUGCUGGUCUAUCCCUGCUGCAAAGCCGUAGCUGCAGCAGCACCACAUGGCCUUCGACAGCCAGGCUGCUGCAUCAAGGAGCACAUUCCUGACCUCUCCGGGGCGACGGAUCAAGCCGUCCUCGAACAGCUGCGGAGGCGCAUGCCGACCAUCUCUGCGGGAGCCAAAGAUGCCCUGCUGGUGGUCGAAUCGGCACAGGCCCAGGACUUAAUCGGUCAAGGCGAAGAAGUCGAGCCAGAGCAUGCGACCGGCGCGGCUCAGGAGCGAACGCCUCGUGCGCCGCCCGCGGCGGACGGCAAGGAAGCGCCCGAGGCUGAGGCCGCCACACCCAAGCACGUCGAUGCAGCAAACAGUGAGUUGUGUCCGAAGGCGCGGUACUGUUGUGAUCCGCCCCCAGAACACAAUCCUUCUGGGCAUGGCAGUGCCGCCCGUAGCAGCUCCCGACCCCGACGUCGACCGCGCUCGGCGGCUGCACAUCGUGGCGAGGAGUCGCCAAAGCGGGCAAUGGAAUACAGGCUGCAGCGGUCGCCGUAUGACGACUCCAACAGCCUGGAUGACUUCUUUGUGGAUGCUUCAGACAGUUUCGCAGAUCUCCGGCUUCCCACCUUCUUUGAGCCAAAGUUGCCAAAGGGGGUGGCGAACCAGCGGAAGCUUCAUCACAUGAUGGACGUCCUCAGGGAAGACGACCGGCGCAGGAUGGACGAGCUCGUGGCACGGAGUUGUGUCUAUCAGUCGAAGGUGGUCUUCGAGCGUCAGCGUGCGGCCAAGGGGCCCAGCGCCGUAGAGCGCCAGGUGCAGAAGCUGGCGUGGCUUGUGAGUGGCUGGACCAGCGAUGGUCCGCAGCAUCCCGACUCUCUGGUUAAGACCGAAUCGAGGCCGCGGCGUGCCCGGCCCACCAGCAUUCGCUGA